AUGAGAGCUGUGGAAUUUAAGGUUGUUGAAACUGAUCCGGUUCCUUUCUGCAUCGUAGCCCCUGAGACAGUGAUCCACUGUGAUGGUGGCUGCAUCAAAAGAGAAGAAGAAGAAGAGGCGCUCAAUGCAGUUGGUUAUGAUGACAUAGGAGGUUGUAGGAAACAAUUGGCACAAAUCAAAGAGAUGGUCGAGCUCCCUUUGCGACAUCCUGGUCUUUUCAAAGCCAUAGGAGUUAAACCUCCUCGAGGAAUGCUCCUUUAUGGGCCUCCAGGUACAGGUAAGACCCUCAUUGCACGAGCUGUAGCCAAUGAAACUGGAGCAUUUUUCUUUUUGAUAAAUGGUCCUGAAAUAAUGAGCAAACUAGCAGGAGAGUCUGAGAGCAAUCUUAGAAAAGCUUUCGAAGAAGCAGAAAAGAAUGCUCCUGCCAUAAUAUUCAUUGAUGAACUUGAUGCUAUAGCACCCAAGAGAGAUAAAACACACGGUGAGGUGGAAAGAAGAAUCGUUUCACAACUUCUUACUUUGAUGGAUGGUCUGAAGCAAAAUUCACACAUCAUUGUCAUGGCUGCAACAAACAGACCAAACUCAAUAGAUUCAGCUCUGCGAAGGUUUGGCCGAUUUGACCGAGAGAUCGACAUUGGUAUCCCCGAUACCACUGGACGUUUAGAAGUUCUACGCAUACACACCAAGAACAUGAAACUUGCAGAUGAUGUGAAUCUAGAACAGAUAGCUAUGGAAACACAUGGUCAUGUUGGUGCAGAUUUGGCUUCUCUAUGUUCUGAAGCUGCACUUCAACAGAUUAGGGAAAAGAUGGAUCUGAUCGAUUUAGAAGAAGAUCAAAUUGACGCUGAAGUUUUGAACUCCUUGGCUGUAACCAUGAAUGAUUUUCGAUAUGCUAUGGGUAAGAGUAGCCCAAGCGCACUCCGUGAAACUGUGGUGGAAGUACCAAAUGUCAACUGGGAUGACAUCGGUGGAUUGGAUAGUGUCAAAUUGGAAUUACAAGAGUUGGUUCAGUAUCCAGUUGAACAUCCAGAGAAGUUUUUGAAGUUUGGAAUGCAGCCAUCAAGAGGAGUCCUCUUCUACGGGCCACCAGGAUGUGGCAAAACAUUAUUAGCAAAAGCUAUAGCUAAUGAAUGUCAAGCCAACUUUAUCUCUGUCAAAGGCCCUGAGCUACUGACAAUGUGGUUCGGGGAAUCUGAAGCCAAUGUUCGAGAUAUUUUUGACAAAGCCAGAGCAGCUGCUCCUUGUGUGCUGUUUUUUGAUGAGCUUGAUUCGAUAGCCAAGUCAAGAGGAGCAAGUGUAGGUGAUGCAGGAGGAGCAGCAGAUAGAGUUAUCAAUCAGAUUUUGACUGAAAUGGACGGUAUGGGAGCCAAGAAGAAUGUUUUUAUCAUCGGUGCUACAAACAGGCCCGAUAUUAUUGAUUCUGCCAUACUUAGACCAGGACGUUUGGAUCAAUUGAUUUACAUCCCACUGCCAGAUGAGAAAUCCCGAGAAGCCAUCUUUAAGGCAAACUUGAGAAAAUCCCCUGUUGCAGCAGAUGUUGACCUACCCUAUAUUGCGAAAAUGACUCAUGGCUAUUCUGGUGCUGAUAUCACUGAAAUUUGCCAACGAGCUUGUAAACUUGCCAUUAGGCAGUCUAUUGAAGCAGAAGUAAAGAAACAGCGGAAGUUGCUAAAGGAUGGAUUUGUUGACAUGGAGUUAGAUGAUGAAGAUCCAGUGAGAGAAAUAACAAGGGAGCAUUUUGAAGAAGCGAUGCGCUUUGCAAGACGCUCUGUCACAGACAAUGACAUUAGAAAAUAUGAGAUGUUUGCACAGACACUUCAUCAAUCGAGGGGAUUUGGAACCAAUUUCAGAUUUCCCACGUCUUCUAAUGCUGGAGUAACUGGAGCUGUCGAUUCAGGUAAUUUUCCCGAGGCUGAUGAUGAUGACCUUUAUAACUAA